UCAAAUAUGAACCGGAGACGUCGAGGCUUCACGCGCUUUAGCGGAAAAGUGCGAGUUCACGUGUCGACCUAAAGGUCUGCGGAAGAAAAAAUAAAUAAAUAAAUAAAUAAAUAAAUAAAUAAAAAAACACUGAAGCAGAGGAAAGAAGACCAGCUGGACUAAAGCUGAAUGAUCGACAAGAUACAAAAAACAUGAGCGGGGCAAAGACCAAGAUGGAGGACGAGGCCGUGUUGGACAGAGGGGCAUCCUUUCUCAAACAUGUGUGUGAUGAGGAGGAGGUUGAAGGCCACCAUACCAUCUACAUCGGUGUGCAUGUACCGAAGAGCUACAGACGACGGAGACGCCAUCGCCGACGCACCAGCCACAAGGAGAGGAAGGAAAAGGUGACAGAGCAAACGGAGGAAAUGAGCAGCAGCAUCCUCAAACCGACUGAUAACACAUGGGGAAACAGUUCUUUUCCAGAACUGGACAAGAAUGCAAGUUACAUUUCUCCAGCGGCUGAACGCAUCCGCUUCAUCCUGGGCGAGGACGAUGAUGGGCCAGCGCCUCCACAGCUUUUCACAGAGCUGGAUGAACUCCUUGCUGAGGAUGGACAGGAGAUGGAAUGGAAGGAGACAGCCAGGUGGAUCAAGUUUGAAGAAAAGGUGGAAAAGGGUGGAGAGCGCUGGAGCAAACCUCAUGUGGCGACACUCUCCUUGCACAGUUUGUUUGAGCUCAGAACAUGUAUAGAGAAGGGCACCAUCAUGCUGGAUCUGGAAGCUUCCACGCUGCCUCAGGUUGUGGAGAUGAUUACAGACAAUCAGAUUGAUACCGGCCUUUUGAAGGCAGACCUGAGGGAUAAAGUCACCUAUACUUUGCUGAGGAAGCAUCGUCACCAAACUAAGAAAUCCAACUUGCGCUCCCUGGCUGACAUCGGCAAGACGGUCUCCAGUGCAAGUAGGAUGUUUUCCAACACGGAUAAUGGUAGUCCUGCCACCGCUCAUCGAAACCUGAAGUCAAGCAGCAUGAAUGAUAUCUCUGACAAACCAGAAAAGGAUCAGCUGAAGAACAAGUUUAUGAAGAAGUUGCCCAGGGAUGCAGAAGCAUCCAAUGUCCUAGUCGGGGAAGUGGACUUCCUGGAUGCACCCUUUGUGGCCUUUGUGAGGCUGCAGCAGGCUGUCAUGCUGGGAGCACUAACAGAAGUGCCAGUUCCAACCAGGUUCCUUUUUAUUCUUCUUGGCCCCAAAGGCAAAGGCAAAUCAUAUCAUGAAAUUGGUAGAGCCAUUGCCACCCUUAUGUCUGAUGAGGUUUUCCAUGACAUUGCGUACAAAGCCAAGGACAGACAAGAUCUACUUGCCGGCAUCGACGAGUUCUUAGAUGAAGUCAUCGUCCUUCCUCCUGGUGAAUGGGAUCCUGCCAUCAGGAUAGAACCUCCAAAGUCUCUCCCAUCUUCAGACAAAAGGAAGAACAUGUACGCCGGAGGGGACAACACACAGAUGAAUGGAGACACUCCUCAUGAUGGAGGCCAGGGUGGUGGAGGACAUGCCAUUGGUGAAGAGCUGAAAAAGACAGGGCGUUUUUGUGGAGGCCUUAUACUUGACAUUAAAAGGAAAGCCCCGUUCUUUGGCAGUGAUUUCUAUGAUGCGUUGCACAUCCAGUCUCUGUCUGCCAUCUUGUUCAUCUAUUUGGGAACAGUCACCAACGCAAUCACGUUCGGGGGUCUGCUGGGAGACGCCACAGAAAACAUGCAGGGUGUGCUGGAGAGUUUUCUGGGAACAGCCGUGUCUGGGGUGGUCUUCUGCCUCUUAGCUGGACAGCCGCUUACCAUCCUCAGCAGUACAGGGCCAGUACUCGUGUUCGAGAGACUCCUGUUCAACUUUAGCAGAGAUAACGAGUUCGAUUACCUGGAAUUCCGGCUGUGGAUUGGUUUGUGGUCAGCCUUCUUCCUGCUGCUGUUAGUGGCCACAGACGCUAGUUUCCUGGUACAAUACUUUACGCGCUUCACAGAAGAGGGCUUUUCUUCACUCAUCAGCUUCAUCUUCAUAUACGAUGCCUUCAAGAAGAUGCUAAAGCUUGCACACCACUACCCCAUCAACUCUGAAUUCAAAGUCGAUCAUGUCACGCAGUAUGACUGUAUGUGCAUGGCACCCACUAUAGUAAACAACACAGAAGUGUUCACAGACUCAAUAGAAGGGACAUCUGUAUGGUUCUACAACUACACUGAUCUACCAUUAAAUGCUACCUGGUCCUCUCUGACAAAGAAGGAAUGCCUGAAGUACGGUGGAGAGUUGGUAGGAAAGUCCUGCGAGUAUGUGCCCGACAUCACCCUCAUGUCCUUCAUCCUGUUUUUUGGCACCUACACUUGCUCUAUGUGUUUAAAAAAGUUCAAGUUCAGUCCCUUUUUCCCCACCACGGUGAGGAAACUUAUCAGUGACUUCGCUAUCAUUUUGGCCAUCCUGAUUUUCUGUUGUGUUGACGCUUGGGUAGGAGUCGACACACCAAAACUUAUUGUGCCAUCCGAAUUUAAGCCAACAAGUCCAAAUCGUGGCUGGUUUGUGUUACCGUUUGGAGGCAACCCCUGGUGGGUUUACCUGGCAUCAGCUCUGCCUGCUCUGCUGGUCACUAUUCUGCUAUUCAUGGACCAGCAGAUCACAGCCGUCAUUGUCAACCGGAAGGAGCACAAGCUGAAGAAAGGUGCAGGCUACCAUUUGGAUCUCUUCUGGGUGGGUAUAUUGAUCGCACUGUGUUCUUUCAUGGGUCUGCCUUGGUAUGUGGCUGCCACCGUCAUCUCAAUUGCCCACAUAGACAGCCUGAAGAUGGAGACAGAAACCUCUGCCCCAGGGGAGCAACCCAAAUUUUUGGGUGUCAGGGAGCAGAGGGUAACUGGUGUUUUCGUGUUCCUUCUCACUGGCCUCUCUGUCUUCAUGGCUCCCAUUCUUAAGUUCAUCCCCAUGCCUGUCCUCUAUGGGGUCUUCCUGUAUAUGGGUGUGGCCUCGCUCAAUGGAGUACAGUUUAUGGACCGCCUGAAGCUGCUUCUGAUGCCUGCCAAGCACCAGCCAGACCUGAUCUACCUGCGGCAUGUGCCACUGCGCAAAGUUCACCUCUUCACCUUCGUCCAGCUGCUGUGCCUGGCUCUGCUGUGGAUCCUCAAGUCCACUGUGGCUGCCAUCAUCUUCCCUGUCAUGAUCCUGGCUUUGGUGGCUGUAAGGAAGGCUAUGGACUACUUCUUCUCUCAGCAUGAACUUAGCUUCCUGGAUGAUGUCAUACCAGAGAAGGACAAAAAGAAGAAGGAAGAUGAGAAGAAAAAGAAGAAGAAGUCAAGAGAAAGCAUAGACAGUGACGUGGAUGAGGAGAAAAGUCAGUCCUUGACCGGUACACGUCGUGUUAAUAAAAAGCGCUACUAUGAAGACAGUCCGAUAUCAAGUCCAGAGAGAAUACCACUAAAUGUGCCUCAAAUUAGAAUAGACUACGGUUCAGACAAUGAAGACAGUGACUACUUCUGGAAGAGUCGAGGGUCCGAGGCGUAAUUUUAGCUCCUCCCUCCGUCGGCUUAUUUAGCCAAUAACAAACCUAAAAAUUAUGAAUCUUGGAAAGUCGGACAGAACGUCGUCUUGAUCAUGGGAACUUUUUUAAAGGCAUUUUCGUCUGCCUGCCUGCCUGCCUGGAUACAUUCCAUUCCAGAGUACAACAUCUGGACUCUCAUCUUCACGGAUGCCAUUUUUAACCUUUGUUUUAUGACCAAGCUCGCUCAUUUUUGAUUUUAUUUUUUUUGCUUACUUCUUAAGAACACUGCCUGACAUAAUAAUUCCUACUACUAUGCAAUUCAUAUACAGUUCAUUCUUGUGUUGAUCAACUGAAAAUGCUGUACAUGGUUUGUGACCACAGACGGAGAGAAAACACUCCUCUAUUCUUUUGUAUAAGGAAUUACCAUUUUCCUGUAGCAGGAAAAUUAAUAUUUUGAUCUUUCUUGUUAUUUUGUAGUUCUACCUCUAUAGACGGAAGGAAUUGUGUAAGAAAAAAAAAACAUCGAGGUGUUGAUUUUUUUUUUACUCAGCAUGAGUUUUAAUGUUAUCCUGCCUAUUGUACCUUCUGAACACAAUAUUGAACAAAAUAACUGAAGCAUUACGCUGUAUUAUUAUAAUGCAGAAGAAUAAUAAUCGUAUUGAUUUCUGCUGAACUGUAUGACCUUCCAUUUAAUACAGUAUUAUGUCAUUUUAUCCCUUUAAAAGCGAUUGAAUCAUUUUAAAAAGUAAAGGUUAAUGCAAAGAGAUUUAAGCUAAUCAAUUAAUAACCAAAUAUCAGUCUGAAUUGAUUUCUUCUUUAUACAUUGCACUAUGGUUGUAUUAGUCAACCACAUCUGGUUAUUACAGUCAUUAAUGUCUUCCUGCUGUUCAACCGAAUGACUUUCUUAAGUGGCUUAAUGAAGAAUAUAAAUAAAUUUCUAAUACUUUUUGUGAAGUGAAUUACUGAUAAUGAAACCUGGAAUAUUAGAAGAUAUUUUUACACCAUGAUUUUUUUUCUUUGUGGAAAAAAAAACAAAAGCCAGUAAUAUUUAAUAAACCCAUUCUCAGAAAUAUAUGAAUGCAUUGUAGCCAUUGCUAUAAACAAUAAUGACAUUUCAUAAAUAAUUAACAAUAAAACAUGUGCAUUGUUUAUGAACGCAUUAUAACACGUUAUGAAUGCGUUCAUACUACACUACACAUCUGACCCUUCACCUUUUAUGAAGCCUGUAUUCAUAAAGCUUUUUUUUUUUUUUUCCGUGGACGUUUGAGACAUGGUGUAUGUGGACGAACCUCGAUAGAGCUUUCCUCCAGUGUGUUAUGCUGAGCAGUCAUUGUGGUUGGAUUUAUUCACAUGUCUCAGAGGAAGCAUGUUAGCCUUCACUCUUCCUGAUGGGUAGCAGUCAUAUGAUGGAGAGGAGAGAUUUCUGGUGGCCAGGAUUUGGGUGAUUCUGACCUUUCUACCCUCAGUAUGUUGGCUGAUUAGUGUGUCAUUACAUGGAGUGCAGAAUUAAGUGAUUUUACUAAAAGCAAAAUGACAUGAAGGAAAUGUUGCGAUGUUUUCAAACCUUCAAAGCACUAAUUUACAAUAAACAUCUAAUGAAUGCAGGCUGCAUAGAGAGUGUAAUCAAACCUCUUGUUUUCUAAUAACUGACUGAAGUUUAUAUCGAUUUCAAUAUUAUUUCCACAUUUUGAUUGUCUCGUAGAUGUGAAAUAUCAAUAAUGUGAUCACCAGUUUUGAUUAUUUUAUUGUCUGUGAUGAGAAGAAAAUUCCAGUGUGUGUGUGUGUGUGUGUGUGUGUGUGUGUGUGUGUGUGUGUGUGUGUGUGUGUGUGUGUGUGUGUGUGUGUGAU